CCGUACACAGUACGAAAACAGACGGCGCGUGCGCACCACGCGUUCGCAUUCAGACCAAGCUCGAUGCGAUCGCGAACGCGACGUUUUGUCUCCCAGUCUCUUUGACAAAUUUUCUAAAUGGAAGUAUUGAGGACACACCUCAUUCCCUAUUGUAACAACUCUGUUGUGUGAAUAUGCUUUGUUGCCUCAUAAAAGAAGUGUUAGUUCUACUUUCAUAAAUUUUAAAACAAAACAAAUCCUUCUGUGUAUAUAUCACUUUAGAGAAUAGAAAAAGUCCAAUUGGAACAAACAAUCACACCGUGCCUUCACACAUUUUGGAUUCUUUGAUAAAUCCUACACGCCUACCACAACACUGUAAUGAAAAAUGUUUAAACAAGAAAUUCUUUUGCUGGUGUGGGCAUGCAGCGCUCUGGCGGCGCUGGACGGCUACAGCCCGCAGCAGGAUCCGGACCAGUUCCACAUCCAGACGGACGAGGACGAUGAGCGCUACUUCCUCUACCAGACACACAACGGACAGUACCGCAAGGAGAGGCGACUCAAAGACGGCUCCGUCGUCGGGUCUACAGGAUGGGUAGGCGCAGAUGGAUACCUGCGGCUUCAAGACUACAUAGCUGACAACCAAGGUUACAGAAUCUACAAAUCGAAGACUGUUUACGUGGGACUGAACCGACCAAUUGGCGAGUCACUGAAAAUAGCGAAAACAGCGCCGACCGAUUCUGGCUUUGGCAUUACACCUGCUCCCGCAGUACAGUCGCGUGGACAACAGAGGUUCAGAACUACUACCUCAGCGCCUAUUGCACCUUCCACAUACGCCUCUCCGCACUCGUUCCCAGCAGAAGUGUCUGUCACACCUCCACCAGUCGCUUAUGGUCCAACAUCAACACCACAAGUCGUUGUGUCACCUAACUCUAUAGAUUCUUCGACUAAGUACGACUUCAGACCUACUGUUCCCCCGAUAACGGCUAGUGAAGCGACGCCGUCACCCAGCCCAUACGAUUAUGAUUCGUCAAACACGAAUACAAUUGAUGAUGGAUAUUAUGGAAGUGACAGCUCACCCUACAGACGCUAUGACGUGUACAAUCCGAACUCGUACCGGCACGCUGACGCAUGGCUGCAGCGACAGCAGCAGCGGCCGGCUGUCAGACUCGGAGAUGGCUACACCCCACAGUUCCCAGGAUACGAUGGAAUAGCAUUCAGGAGAAACGGGUUCCGGUAUUACCUUCCCAAACAGUACCAUGAGGAAGAAACAAGUGAGGCUGACGACAGGACUGGAAGCUUCGGUUAUGUCGAUCCUUUCGGUAUACGUCGUGUAAUAUACUACAACACUUCCCCCGGGCAAGGGUUUCAAAUUCGGAAAAACAACAGAUACGUCGGUCACAACGCAACGCCGUACGAUCCCAGACCGAUAGAUUAAUGUAGAGCAAAUUACUUUUGUGAUAAGUGAAAUUGGAAGUUACCUAUUUAUUUAUCAGUAUUGCCAGUGACUGGGUUUUAUUGGAGACAAAACGAAUGAACCGAACGAUGCGAAUAAUGUCUUAGCCAUUAAUUUGUUUUUAGAUUACUUAAUUAUUUAUCUGUCGAAGGUCGCUAGUAGAGAUAUUUUUGUUAGCAAUGUUGAUUUCUGUGUUAAAAUGCCAUUCCAGUUUAUUUAGUUAAAUCUAUCAAUGUAGCUAAAGCUAUAAAUACUUAGUAAAUAAGAAAGCUUUAACAGUGUGAUGUGCUGAUUUUCAACAACUAUUAAUAUUUUUAUUUUAUCAGUCUCAGUGCCAUUGUACUGCGAAAUAUUUCGUACUUAGAUGUUAUGUGUCAACAAACGGUACAGACCUAAGUAAUAUAAUGUGACACCAAAAAGACACCUGUCUACAGAUCUUCACAUUGUCUUCUAUACAUUGUACGCCAAAUAAGCUUAAUUUACAGGCAAAUAAAAUGUACCGUUAAUGUAUUCAAAUCAAAAUGAGCAAUAAAAUCUUGUAUAAGGAGGUUCCUGAUUAUGUCCAAAAUCACAAAGGUCGUUGAACCCAUUUAUUUCGUCUGAUUGGUCAUUUUCCUUGCUAGUGUUUCAUGUAGGCGAGCAGAACGCUUUAAAUGUAUCUCACGAGUGCCUUUUAAGUUAAGUAUCAUUUGCUAUUCCAAGUACAGUGCAAAGUGUAAAAAAAAAUGUUUUCCUCUCUACUAUACUUAUUAUUUUCAGGGAUAUGAUAUGAUCAUACUUUAUUUGUCCUUAGUUCAAUCUUGUCUUUGAAUUAUAUAAGGCGUAUUUAAUUUGAAUUUAUCUUUAACACAGUAGGUUUGGUGCAAGUCUUAAGUCAUUGCGAAUAACUUGCCAUUAUUGAACGACACACUUAUGUUCCGAAAGAAUGUUAUCAUUUUACCCGACUGCGAAGGAAAAUCUAAGAGAAAGAGGAUUAUGUUUGAUUUAAAUGUCAACUUGUUGCAGUGACUAAAAUGGGAAAUUAUUUAUAACUUUGUAGGUUAGUAUCACGUGGGUAUUAUAAUAAUUACUUGUCACGUUUUCUUUGCUGUAUAUAAUCAUAACAUGUAUUUGUCAUAGACAGUGAAUAUUUAACUAAUGUUAUUAAAAAUAAAUAAAUACCUUUGUUAACGAUAUC